CGAUCUCGAUCUCAGUCUUGAUCCCGACCGAGAGGCUCGCCAGGUCCUGUCCGUCGCGGCUUACCAGACUGCUGUAUCUCAAACUCUGUUGAACUCUGCGCAUUCAUUCAUAGCAUCGUAUGGCCGAGCAUAUCUCGCCACCGUCCUCGCCGUCCAAGCGGGUCAAGCGCAUCCCGACUCCUCUCAUCUGCGUCGUCGUGGCUACAGGCUACUCUCUGCUGGAGGAGAGCGCAAAGCAGAGCACCAACGAGAGAGUCGCUCGCCAGCUGUAUGGUGUGCCCAAAGGCCUCUAUCCUGUCGGUGGCAAGCCGCUGCUUUCUUGGUGGUGGUCGCAUUUGCAAGCAAGCCCUGUGGCCAUCUGCACCUAUAUCGUGACGGAUCCUCGAACCUUUGGCCACUACGAACGAUGGGCGGUCGAGGAGGGGUUCCCUCUUGAUCACAUUCUCAACACUGGCGUGGUCGAUCAGCAGCCGCUGGGCACCAAUCUAUCGCCGGCCCUUGGCGAGGUCUUUGCUCGCCUGGAUGAUCCCGUCGAAUCCCGCAGUCGACUGCUCGUCACCGCCUCCGACUUUGUACUUAAUGCCCAAGACUGGGAGGAGUUGCGGCUGUAUGCUCGGUUCGAAAGCAUAUUCCAAGCAGGCUCGCAUGCAGCAUCGACGUCGUUUACGCUUUCGCUUGAAGGGGGCUGGGACCCAGCCGCCAUGCAUGAACUGUCUGAUCUCAAGCUCGAUCCACAAACCUCGCGGCUCAUCUUCAGCUACUUCAAUCCCGAGGCCGUCCAGAUCCUCUAUCGCAGCCAUCAAGCAUCUGCAUCGGAUGCCGCAGUGCUCCCGGAGCCACCGGGAGCCAACGACUUUGUGCGGUUGAUGCACUCGGUCAACAAGCAAGAGUCAAUCGUGCAAUAUUCAGUAUCGCCCGGCCACUCGCCCUUCUGGAAGUGGAUGCAUCUGCCCGAGCUGGAGUUCUAUCUGGGUGAAGUUUGUCGAAUGAUCCCUUCCAAGCGGGAGCGAUGCAUCAGUCCCACUCGAUCUGCGCCUCUGGACGAGGGUCGCCGCCAGAUCGUGGGCAAAGCACAUGCCCGAAUCGGACUCAUUGGCAACCCGAGCGACGGAUUCUUUGGCAAAACCAUCUCGGUCUUGAUCUCGAACUACUGGGCUCAAGUGACGCUGCGUCCAAAUGAAUCCCGAGACGAUUCAAGCAUUCAUAUUCUUCCCAAUCCCCUGAGCGAUCCAGCCGAGUUCUCGUCGCUCAGGCUGUGCUUCAACUCGUGUCUGAAGAACGGAUACUACGGAACCAACCGCCUCAUCUUGGCCACGAUCCAGGUGUUUGUACGCUACUGUGACCAGAAUGGCAUCAAGCUAAAGCAGGGAGGAUUCAGCAUCGUCAACGAAACCAACAUUCCAAGACAAGUGGGACUGGCCGGAAGCUCUGCAAUGGUGACGGCAACACUGCGGGCGCUCAUGUCCUACUAUGAAGUGACGAUUCCCCGCCAUGAGCUGGCGAACAUAGCACUCUCUGCCGAGCAAGACGAACUCGGAAUCUCGGCCGGCCACCAAGACCGGGUCAUCCAAGCAUACGGCGGAUGCGUGUAUAUGGACUUUGAUCGGCAACUGAUGGAUACUCGAAAAUACGGCCGCUAUGAGGAGAUUCCGCUCCAGUACAUUCCACGCGACUUGUGGAUUGCAUACGUGGCCCAGCCAAAGGACAGCGGCAAGGUCCAUAACAACAUCAAAGCACGGUUUCUCGCAGGCGACUCGGAGGUUGUCGAGGCUAUGAAGGAGUUUGCAACCCUCACGGACAAGGCGCACGAUGCCCUCCGACAGCGCGAUCAUGCAGGCCUGGCGCAGCUCAUGGAUCGAAACUUUGAUCUCCGCAAACGCAUCUACGGCGAGCAGGUGAUCGGAUACCACAACAACACCCUGGUCAACCAAGCGCGAUCCAUGGGAUUUGCUGCCAAGCUCAGCGGCAGCGGCGGCUGCAUCGUUGGGCUGUGGAAGGGCGAUCCGUCCGAUCACGCAACGAGGGAGCAGGCCGAAGUUCGGUUCAAGCAGUGGACCCAGAAGAACGGUUAUGUCUUUGUCAAGAUACGGGGCCAGACGUAUCAGGCUUGAUCGUCCCGGUGGCGGCUGGGUUGGCCAUCUUUCCGAUUGGGUUGGUCCGGGCCGGGUCGGGCCGGGCUGUGGAUGCAAACUCCACUGCUCGAUGGCCGGCAGCCGCCUGGCGCUGUCAAAUACAUGGUCUGGCGCGAGCAUUGGCGCAGGAAGCA